UCUUCACAUUAGUGUGCACUCGAGUGCGCACACACGCAGGGAGCAACACACACACACACGGCAGAACUCAAGAACACUGCGAUAUAAAGGCGAACACCACUUUUAAUAGUCGACUAUAACAUUAGGAUGCGACAUUAAACUCGUCUGUCGGCGCUUUGAAGAACCCGCGUCACGCAGGAUGGACAAACUUUUCUAAACUUGUUCGCUGAUUUUUCGCUUGCUUUGCUUCGGAUAUGGAGAGCUGACAGCUGAACGUGCGCAAGAGGAAGUACAAUAACAGACGGUGACAGGAGCCACUAGAUCUACACUUCAGGAAACACACAUUUAAGCUAUUCCAGCUGUGCUCAUGGCAGCUUACGGACAGACGCAGUACAGCCCGGCAUUACAGCCAGCGGGUCCUUACACACCAUACACACAUCACACACAAGGAUACAGCAUGACGUCCUACAAUAUUAAAACAGAAGAUGGUUUGAGCCAUUCACCUGGUCAGAGCAGUUUACUGGGGUACACACCAAACUUCAGCGGGACGCCCCCCGGACAGGCUCUCUACAGCUACUCACACGGCGGCAGCAUUUCUUCUGGAAUUUUCCAGGGUGCGAACAGCAUCACAGGCUCAACGCCGUUCAGUCCAGCGCAGCAGGACUUCUCAACAUAUUCAAGCUACAGCCAAAGUCAAUAUUCUCCAUACUACAACACACACUACAACAGCCCGUACAUCACAGCCAGCAAUAUCACACCAUCGGCCAUCACCACGGCGAUACCCUAUCAGCACACAGAUCAUCCCGCUGUAUCGACCAAUCACAGCCCAGAAUCGCUCACAGCAGAGUACCAGGCUCCCACGAGUCCUCCAACUCCAGGAAAGGAUCAGGACGGAGCUCCACCGAGACGCAGUGCGGAUGGGAAGCUGAGAGGCCGGAAGCGGGCCAGUGACCCUGUCCCGCCGCUGGACUCGGACAUAGAGAGGGUGUUUAUUUGGGAUCUGGAUGAGACCAUCAUCAUUUUCCACUCACUGCUCACCGGGACAUUUUCCACACGCUUCGGCAAGGACUCCGGGAAGGCAGUUUCUCUGGGUUUGUGGAUGGAGGAGAUGAUCUUCAACUUGGCUGAUUCACGGCUGUUUUUCAAUGACCUGGAGGAAUGUGACCAGGUUCAUAUCGAUGACGUGGCUUCGGAUGACAACGGUCAAGAUCUCAGUACAUAUAACUUCGGCACAGAUGGUUUCCAGACUCCGGCAGGUGGAGGUUCGCUCUGCUUGGGUUCAGGUGUUCACGGCGGGGUCGACUGGAUGAGAAAACUAGCCUUCCGCUACCGUCGAGUCAAAGAGAUCUACAACACAUACAAGAAUAAUGUCGGAGGUUUGUUGGGCAGCCCGAAGCGGGAAGAGUGGCUUCAGCUGCGGCGAGAGAUGGAGGUUUUGACGGAUCUGUGGCUGACACAGGCACUCAAAGCCCUCGCACUCAUCAACUCCAGACCGAACUGUGUGAAUGUGUUGGUCACGACCACACAGCUGAUUCCAGCUUUGUCUAAAGUUCUUCUGUAUGGUCUCGGAGGAGCGUUUCCCAUCGAGAACAUAUACAGCGCCACCAAAACAGGUAAAGAAAGCUGUUUUGAGCGUGUGACACAGAGGUUUGGCAGGAGAGCAGUGUAUGUGGUCGUCGGAGACGGUAUUGAAGAGGAGACCGUCGCAAAGAAGAAGAACAUGCCGUUCUGGCGAGUGACGUGUCGAGCAGAUCUGGAGGCUUUGAGUCAUGCACUAGAGUUGGAUUACCUCUAGAGGGCAGCGUCUGCUCAUCUGUGUCCCGCUGCGACCAAUCACACGACAGAGCUACCAAUCAGCAAAGAGCAGCAAUCAGACUGGAAAUCAACCCAAGAGAAACGCUUUCAUCUCCUUCUCGCUCUUACAUUCACUCCACAACAGCACUGCACUGAAAAACAGCAGAGAUCUGACUGAGAAUCAAUAACAAACGACCAUGCUGCUCAUUUUAGAUAAAAAAACAGACGACAAACUCCAAACUUGUCUCCCAGAAUGCAAUGCACUUGACUCAACCUGCUAUUUCCAGACAUGGGUUUCCACUUCACAUCUCUACAGAUCACCAAAACUGGAUUCAAAAUGCUAAAUAAAGAUUUUUUAUUUCAGAGAUGAUAACUCGAGGUCAUGUGACAAUGCAGAAUACUACUGUCAAACGAUGAUCCCUGCAUAAAGUGUACUGUGCCACAUAAUAUUUUUGUAUAUCAUGCAGUGUAAGCGGUGCAGUAUGCGGUAAUGUUGUUCUGAAAUGACACCAGAAUACAAACAGGGAUGCAAAAUGCAAGAUUUUAGCAUUAUAAAUAUUUUUUAUUUGAAAAUAGGGGACCUAUUAUGCAAAAAUGUAUAAGAGGUUUAAACACAGUUGUGUGGAAACAGUUUGUGAACAUAACCAGCUUCUAAUGAUAAAAAUGUAUUAAUUAAUUGUUUUAUAAUCACACUUGAUACAGAAACACUUUGAUUGACAUUCUUCCUUUGUACUUGUCAUCAGAGGGGAAAAGGCCACUAGUGACCAUCUGUCCCUCACUAGCAUAGGACGUAGUCGUGACUUUGAAUCUGCCACUAUGCUGACACAUAGGCAUUUGUAGCUCCGCCCCCUUUUUAAAAAGAGCACAAUCUCAUUUAAAUUUAAAGCGACAGUCGUCAAAAUGGCACAAUUAGGAUCAAAGCCUAAAAUGGGUCAGUUUCAAACAGUUAUAAAACAUUAGUUGUGUGCCAUUUUGAGCUGAAACUUCACACACACUCACUCUAGGGCAAUGUUUCUCAACUGGUGGGUUUGCGACCCAAAAGUGGGUCGCAGGAACAUUUUCAGUGGGUCGCGAAGUGUGUGAUCAAAAAAACAACAAAAGUUUAAUUUUUAACUUAUUAUGCUUAGACUUUUAUUUUGAAAUGCGCGCACGACAACCGUACCAUUUGUCAUGUGAAAUUUCACUUAAUGGGGUAUAUGCCGAAGCAUGCUAAUAGGACUUUUCAUUUGCCAGUAACCUGGGUUAAUUGUUUCCGGUGAAUUGUAUGCCAAUGCAAAAUCGGCGUGUUUAAGGUCUGUUUUCUUAAAAAAUCAGCGAUCUCCACUGACUAAGUGAUAUCCGAUAUAAAGUGGGUCUCAGAUUGUACAAGUAGCACUGCAUUAAAUAACAUUUUUCCCUGCCAUGUCUUUAUAAUAUGAGCAUUUAUUUUACCCCAGUAUAUUCAAUGGAGCUUCUGCGCUAGCCUGCCGAUUCUGACGGGCGCGUGCGAGCAAACGGCUUUUUGUCUCGUUUUACGAUUGAGCAACUAAAUUAAUGCCAAAGUCUGUUUAACUGAUUGUAUUUGAAUUACAUUACAACAUCGAUGCUGUAAAAGGAACCGUAUAAAAUGGAAAAAACUCACAAUAACCGGUCACCGGAAGUGUAUCACUAUGGGAAAUGCACUAGCUCGACAUAUACCCUAUUAUAGCAACAAAUAUGUUGAAGUGCAAGUAUGACCCUGAAUAUGUUAAGUACAGAUUUACAUAUAUUGAUGGCAAAAAAGGCUUAAAACCUCAGCGUGUCAAAUGUAGUGAGGUGCUCUCACAAGAGAGCAUGAAACCUUCUAAAUUAAAACGACAUUUAGAAACCAAACAUCCCGGUUGCAAGGACAAACCUGUGGACUAUUUUCAAAGACGACUCCAAGAGCUGAGUGCAUACAUUUUGUUAAAUGACAGCAAUAAAAUAUUGUUUAUUUGUAAGUCUUGGUGAUUUUCUUAUGAUUUAGCUGUCACUACUUGUGUAUAUUAACAAAUAAAUACAAAUUAAUUAUAAUUCCUAAAAUUAUUUUAUAGUUCCUAAAAAUUUGGGUCGCGGCUUGAUGACCAUGUCAAAAUGUGGGUCCCAUGGUUAAACUAGUUGAGAACCACUGCUCUAGGGACUUAUUUUACAUCUUGUAAAAAGGGGCAUAAUAGGUCCCCUUUAAAAGCAUAAAAUCAUACUCAUUUCCUUUAAGAAGUCAAAUUCACGAGUGAAUGUGGAAACAAAUGAAGAUUUUAUAUAAUUUUGACUAAUAAAUAAAUAUAUUUUCUUUAAAUUUCAUCUUGCUGUGUCAAACCAAAUUAACUAAAUAUUGCACCAUACAUAAAAUCGAUAAUAAUAACAUGCUAUUGUACUAAAUCUGCAGAAAAACUAACCCCUCAUUUUUUUAAAUGAGUACAAAGUGCUGCAAAUUCACCUAUUUUAAUGGCAAAACCCACUCGGAGAUGAUUUAAAAAGUGAACUAACCGUGAAAUUGAGUAUUGUAGCACAUGAUAAUAAUGCUUCUGGUACUGAACUGAGAUCAGAUUAUGUCUGUCCUGUGAGUUUUUCUCCCUGCACUAGAAGCCGCCCGCGUCUCUUGCCUGAAUAUCGUGCGGUUUCUGACUGGAUGUAUAUUAUUUGUUGUACUUUUGCUGAAGUUGAUCUAUUUACUGUAUGUGCCGCCGAUCCUGCAUGUGCUUUUCACACAACCUCUUCUGUUCGCUAUGAUUUGUAUAUAUGGUUUAAUUGUUGAUUAUUUCUGGGCUUGUUAUUAUAGAAUAAAGAUAAAUUAAUUUCA